CCCGGCAGCCGGGGCGGCGGCGAGGCCGCUGCACCGCACACGCACACUCAGACCCCGGCUGCGGGAAUGCGGAUGACACGCCCGUAACAUGGAAGCCGCCGCCGCCGCCGCUCCGACGACAGCAGCCGCCGCCACAGCAGCAGCAGCCGCCGGCGGCGCCGCGCGGAACAAAGGUCAUCCGAGCUGCGGCCCAGACGCCCGGGCUUGACCGCUGCGAAGGCCAACCCCGGGCCGGGGGGUAUGUUCUGUUUUGUGCUUUUCCUUUUAGAAGCUACUAAAGGGUGUUGGGGAUACUUCUGACUAUUAUGAAGGCCAAAAGGCCUGUUGACUGGGGCUGCUUUUAACCCUUUCAUAUUUGCAGAGAAUGCAACCGAGUGACAGUAAUUGAGCACUGGUCCAAAGUCUUACCAAAAGGUCAAGGUUCACAAGAACAUCUGAUCAAAUUCAUGACCAUGGGGGAUAUGAAGACCCCAGACUUUGAUGACCUCCUGGCAGCAUUUGACAUCCCAGAUAUGGUCGAUCCCAAAGCAGCUAUUGAGUCUGGACACGAUGACCACGAAAGCCACAUCAAGCAGAAUGCCCAUGGGGACGAGGACUCUCACACGCCAUCCUCUUCCGACGUGGGUGUCAGCGUGAUUGUUAAGAAUGUUCGCAACAUCGACUCCUCGGAGGGCCCCGAGAAGGACGGACACAACCCCACAGGCAAUGGCUUGCAUAACGGGUUUCUCACUGCGUCCUCUCUGGACAGUUACAGUAAAGAUGGAGCGAAGUCCUUGAAAGGGGACGCACCUGCCUCCGAGGGGACUCUGAAAGACUCCACGUUCAGCCAGUUCAGCCCCAUCUCAAGUGCUGAAGAGUUUGAUGACGACGAGAAAAUUGAGGUGGACGACCCCCCUGAUAAGGAGGAUGUGCGUUCAGGUUUCAGACCGAAUGUGCUGGCGGGGUCCGUACCCCAGCAGGACUACGACAAGCUGAAGGCUCUUGCAGGGGAAAACUCCAGCAAAACUGGAAUCUCUACUUCAGGCAGCGUAGAAAAAAACAAAGUUAAGAGAGAAACAGAAACCAACUCCAUAAAUCUGAGUGUUUAUGAACCUUUUAAAGUCAGAAAAGUGGAGGAUAAGUUGAAGGAGAAUUCGGAAAAGGUGCUUGAGAACAGGGUCCUGGAUGGGAAGCUGAGCUCCGAGAAGAGUGACGUGAGCCUUGCUGGUGUCGCCCUGCCUAAGACCAAGUCUUCCUCCAAGCUCUCCUCGUGCAUAGCAGCCAUCGCAGCCCUGAGCGCCAAGAAGGCGGCCUCGGACUGCAACAAAGAGCCAGUGGCCAACUCCAGGGAACCCUCUCCGUUACCAAAAGACACGCAUGAUAGCCCGAGGGCCGCCGACAAGUCUCCCGAAUCCCAGAGUCUUAUUGAUGGCACCAAGAAAGCCUCCCUAAAGCCACCGGACAGUCCCCGGAGCGUGUCCAGYGAGAACAGCAGCAAAGGCUCCCCAUCCUCCCCCGCAGGACCCACACCUGCCAUCCCCAAGGUCCGCAUCAAAACCAUCAAGACGUCUUCCGGCGAGAUCAAGAGAACUGUGACCAGGGUGUUGCCGGAAGUCGAUCUYGACUCUGUGAAGAAGCCUUCUGAGCAGACAGCAUCCGUGAUGGCCUCUGUGACGUCCCUCCUCUCAUCUCCAGCAUCUGCUGCUGUCCUUUCCUCCCCGCCCAGGGCGCCUCUCCAGUCAGCUGUUGUUACCAAUGCAGUUUCCCCUGCAGAGCUGACCCCUAAACAGGUCACCAUCAAGCCUGUGGCCACUGCUUUCCUCCCUGUGUCUGCUGUCAAGACRGCAGGGUCCCAGGUCAUCAAUUUGAAGCUCGCUAAUAACACCACGGUGAAAGCCACAGUCAUAUCUGCUGCCUCUGUUCAGAGUGCCAGCAGCGCCAUCAUUAAAGCCGCCAACGCCAUCCAGCAGCAAACUGUCGUGGUCCCGGCAUCCAGCCUGGCCAACGCCAAACUCGUGCCAAAGACUGUGCACCUUGCCAACCUUAACCUUCUGCCUCAGGGUGCCCAGGCCACCUCUGAACUCCGCCAAGUGCUAACCAAACCUCAGCAACAAAUAAAGCAGGCAAUAAUCAAUGCAGCGGCCUCACAACCACCCAAAAAGGUGUCUCGGGUCCAGGUGGUGUCGUCCUUGCAGAGUUCUGUGGUGGAAGCUUUCAACAAGGUGCUGAGCAGUGUCAAUCCAGUCCCAGUUUACAUCCCAAACCUCAGUCCUCCCGCCAAUGCAGGGAUCACGUUACCGACGCGUGGGUACAAGUGCUUGGAGUGUGGGGACUCCUUUGCACUGGAAAAGAGCCUGACCCAGCACUACGACAGGCGUAGUGUGCGCAUCGAAGUAACGUGCAACCAUUGUACAAAGAACCUUGUUUUUUACAACAAAUGCAGCCUCCUUUCCCAUGCUCGUGGGCAUAAGGAGAAAGGAGUGGUAAUGCAGUGCUCCCAUUUAAUUUUAAAGCCAGUCCCAGCAGAUCAAAUGAUAGUUUCUCCGUCUAGCAAUACUCCCGCUUCAUCCUCCACUCCGCAGAGUUCUGUGGGAGCUGGCACACACACUGUAACAAAAAUCCAGUCUGGCAUAACUGGGACCGUCAUAUCCGCUCCUUCAAGCACACCCAUCACCCCAGCUAUGCCCCUAGAUGAAGACCCCUCCAAACUCUGUAGACACAGUCUCAAAUGUUUGGAGUGUAACGAAGUCUUCCAGGACGAGACGUCGCUGGCCACACAUUUCCAGCAGGCUGCAGAUACGAGUGGACAAAAGACUUGCACUAUCUGCCAGAUGCUGCUUCCUAACCAGUGCAGUUACGCAUCACACCAGAGAAUCCAUCAGCACAAAUCUCCCUACACCUGCCCUGAGUGUGGGGCCAUCUGCAGGUCGGUGCACUUCCAGACCCACGUCACCAAGAACUGUCUGCACUACACGCGGAGAGUUGGUUUUCGAUGUGUACAUUGCAAUGUUGUGUACUCUGAUGUGGCUGCACUGAAGUCUCACAUUCAAGGCUCUCACUGUGAAGUCUUCUACAAGUGCCCUAUCUGCCCAAUGGCGUUUAAGUCUGCCCCGAGUACACAUUCCCACUCCUAUACACAGCAUCCUGGCAUCAAGAUAGGAGAACCAAAAAUAAUCUAUAAGUGUUCCAUGUGCGACACUGUGUUCACCCUGCAAACCUUGCUGUACCGCCACUUUGACCAGCACAUUGAAAACCAGAAGGUGUCUGUUUUCAAGUGUCCAGACUGUUCUCUUUUAUAUGCACAGAAGCAACUUAUGAUGGAUCAUAUCAAGUCUAUGCAUGGAACAUUGAAAAGCAUUGAAGGGCCUCCAAACUUGGGCAUAAACUUGCCUUUGAGCAUUAAGCCUGCAACUCAAAAUUCAGCAAACCAGAACAAAGAGGACACCAAGUCCAUGAAUGGGAAAGAGAAAUCGGAAAAGAAAUCUCCAUCUCCUGUGAAAAAGUCAAUGGAAAGCAAGAAAGUGGCCAGUCCCGGGUGGACGUGCUGGGAGUGUGACCGCCUGUUCACGCAGAGGGAUGUGUACAUCUCCCACGUGAGGAAGGAACACGGGAAGCAAAUGAAGAAGCACCCGUGCCGCCAGUGUGACAAGUCUUUCAGCUCCUCGCACAGCCUGUGCCGCCACAAUCGGAUCAAGCACAAAGGCAUCAGGAAGGUGUACACCUGCUCGCACUGCCCGGACUCGCGGCGGACCUUCACCAAGCGGCUGAUGCUGGAGAAGCAUAUCCAGCUGAUGCACGGGAUCAAGGACCCUGACCUGAAAGAAAUGACGGAAGCCACCAACGAGGAGGAGACGGAAAUAAAGGAAGACACCAAGGUUCCCAGCCCCAAGCGGAAGUUGGAAGAGCCGGUUUUAGAGUUCAGGCCUCCCAGGGGAGCCAUCACUCAACCCCUGAAAAAGCUCAAGAUCAACGUCUUCAAGGUGCACAAGUGCGCCGUGUGCGGCUUCACCACCGAGAACCUGCUGCAGUUCCACGAGCACAUCCCCCAGCACAAGUCGGACGGCUCCUCCUACCAGUGCCGCGAGUGCGGCCUGUGCUACACGUCGCACGUGUCGCUGUCCCGGCACCUCUUCAUCGUGCACAAGCUCAAGGAGCCGCAGCCCGUGUCCAAGCAGAACGGGGCGGGGGAAGACAGCCAGCAGGAGAACAAGCCCAACCCCGAGGACGAGGCCGCGGACGGCGUGGCGUCCGACCGCAAGUGCAAAGUGUGCGCCAAGACCUUUGAGACGGAAGCUGCCUUAAACACGCACAUGCGGACACACGGCAUGGCCUUCAUCAAAUCCAAAAGAAUGAGCUCCGCCGAGAAAUAGCGCAGGCACUCCCCCGGAAAACCCCUGUCCRCAUUGGAAUUCAAAAGCAGAAAAAGGACAUUUUUGUUACAAAAAGUUUGCAGUAUAAUAGAGUUAACAGUACUGUCUAGGCUGUUGCAAUAUAUUCUCUUUCAAUGUACCUUCCUCACCUCCUUGGAUAUAUCCUCGAUAAGUAUUACAACAGUAUUUGAGUUUAAAAGAGUUUGUAUAUAUUUAAAUGAAUAACUUUUUAUACUCUUUGUUACAUGUUUGUAUCAGUAUUUAGUGGAAAAUGUUUUUUGAGUUUUUUUGGGUUAAAAUUUUUCUUUUUUGUACUGUUUCUUUAAAACAGAGUUCUUAGUAACAGGGGCAGUUCCUGAAUUCAAAAAGACCAUUUUGUAUGUUACACAUUUGAAUGGGUUAACAAAUUACAGGCUUACAUAAUGCCUUUUUUUAGUGUUUUUAAUUUUUAGAAUUCACUACAUAAAUUGUAGGUGAUCGUGGGUCUCAAAAACACUAGAAACUUCUAAGUGUCUUAGCACUCUCCUCAGCGUGCCUGCCCAAAGUGGGCCAGGGCGCGGCUGGGACACCCGCACUCCAGCUCAGAGUGGCCAGGCUGGGUCAGAGCCACCAGCUUGAUUAACGCAGCCUUGUGGUCCCUUCUUUCCCAGCAGUGGCAGAACAGGCCAAGAGUCCUGUAAGGGUUGUGGGUUUCCGUAAUUCCAUUUUGAGGAAUGGGGAAGAAAGGAAUUAAUUCUAAAGGGGGAAAAUAUGGGGUUCAUUGUUCUCUAGGGAAAUUUCCAAGGCUGACUUAUAAGAGCACAAGGAGAUCAAGCUACGAAAGGGCUGGACUACUGUAAAAGUUACAAAUCCGUAGUUAGAUCAAUAGAUGUCUAGUCAGGUUUUUGUCACAUAACUUAUUAACUAUCACGCAGACACAACUAAGAAUAUCAAGUAUUUCUCUGACUCUUGACAGGGAAAAAAAAAGUCACAGUUGACUUAACCCUUUAGCUGUCUAAACAGUUGGUGUUUCCUGUUCUGGGUGCUACUGCCAAAYGUUCUGGUACUUAGAGUUGGGAUGCACAACUUCAACCACCGACUUGGCAACGCAGCAGCCUGCAUAUUGCAAUUGGCCAUUAGAUGAAGCACUGAGCCACCUGGGUUUGUUCAGUCAUUUCAAUAAGUACAGCUCACAUCCGUAGUUCUGCUUUAUUGAAGCGCUGCAGAGGUACUCUUCUGUCCCUUCCGUUUAUAGUUCUCUGGGAGUUAUCAUUUUUUUUGGUUUUUGUUUUGUGUUUUCCUUUGCAUUUUAUAUUUAUCCCUGAACAUGUUUUGUAUUUUUUUUUUCUAAGAAAAGAAAUUCUUUUGUGUAUAUAUAGAUACUUGCAUGAUAGACUGUAGCCAACGUUCGGUUCCUCAAAAGGUCUUGCUGCUGUCAGGUGUUAUGACUACAUCCAUCAUAACUGUAUUACACACAUUUCAUAUGUAAAUAAACGUGGGACAUUUGGCCCUUGUGCUUCUGUGAGAGAGUUAUUGAUGGUGGGUCUCUGACAUCUUCAUGAAGUUUAGGAAGUGAUUAAUUGCUGGGACAGGCUACAGGAUAUUGCAGAAUUCUUCCACUCAGAAGAACAGCGUACUUGUUCUCAUUGGUGAUCAGCUAUUUUGUCACUUUCUUGUUGACUCCAUCAGUACAUCGGUACAAUCCAAGGGUGUGAUUAAGUAUUCCUCAACUUGAAAUUCAAUUGCUGUUACUUGUUAUGGUUAUAUUUGUAUUGCUCUAAGUUGUAUUCAUAGCACUUUCACAUGUUUCUGCAUUUGAACCUUGCAAUAAACCUGUGUGAUGGGCUGCACAGGUCUGUAUAGCCUAGUUUUACAGUUGAGGAAGCUGAGCUCAGAUUAACUUCUUUGCCUAAGCCCUCAUAGCUGGUAAGUGGCUUUGCAUAUUAGAACCCAAAUAUUUUGCUCUAAAUCUAGUGCUCGCUCUAUGUGGUUAUGUACAUAUUGACAAAUAUUCAUUUAUUCAACAAAUAAAAAGUAUGUGCAAAACA